UUUUGAAUGUGGAUCUUGUUUAUCUUUUCUGCUGUCUUUUACCUCCUUAUGGGGCUAAAACCCACAGAAGGUGUCAGGAGAAGUUCUUGCACUUGGCACAAGACUAACAGUGGAGGGUUGCUAAACUUUGAUGAUUGCCUAUUCAAAUGGAGUGUCUUGGGUGAAUAGGUGGCUACUGCUCAGGGCAAAUGAGGUUUUUUUUCGAGUCUGAACUCCAGGGCUAGUAAUGAAACAAAGCGCCAUCUAGUGUGGGGACUUUAUCACAUAACAAGGCUGAUGAGAGAGUCACCUGACAUAAGGGACAGGAGGUUAUAAAAGAAAGGGUUCUCAUCAGUCGUUUUUUGACAGGCGGUAAGAGAGGCUGGGCACCGACAGCUGAGUUCAGAGAGAGGGAUAUUUUAUUGUUUUGUCUAAAUCUCUGUAUUCUUCUGCUACCUAAAGAGGGAUUGGCUUUUGAACCCUUGGCAAAGCCUGUGUGUCUGUUUGCUUCUAAGAUCGUGUGCUGAGGCAUCCAGUAGGGUGAGGGGGAGCAGUGUUAGCACUGGUCCUGCAGGCCUAGGUCAGCUGGACCAAAAGGGUCAAUUUCUGUGACGGGGUAGAAGACAGAGAGUCUGUGCCCGGGAAGUAUGCCAGAGAGACCAAGGAGAGAGAGAGAGAGUGCUGCAGCCUCCUCAGACCAAGGGAAGCUUAAGAAUAUCUGGGCCUAGUGUGGUGGGACCCACACAUCUCAUCCUGAUUUUCUGGAGUGUCUAUAAUAAUAUUCCUGCUGUGACAAAUUUGCCUCUGAGAUGUAGUUACCAUUUAAUGCGAGGAGAAAGACGGCCACUUUGGGAAGAGGAAAGCAAUGCCAAAGGAGGUAUAUGGAAAAUGAAGGUCCCUAAAGAAAGUACGUCUGCAGUUUGGAAAGAGUUAUUGCUGGCAACUAUUGGAGAACAGUUUACAGAUUGCUCUGCACCAGAUGAUGAAGUAAUAGGGGUUAGUGUUAGUGUUCGUGACCGUGAAGAUGUUGUUCAAGUUUGGAAUGUGAAUGCAUCUUUGGCAAGUGAAGCAACAGUUUUAGAAAAGAUCUAUGAACUUCUGCCACACACCUCCUUUAAAGCAGUGUUUUAUAAGCCUCACAGAGAGCAUCAUGCUUUUGAAGGUGGACGUAGAAGACAUUAACUGCACCCUGUAAAAAAACUCAUACUUUGUAGUCUGACUUUGGGAAGUGGUCUAAGCAGGGAGAUGGAUGGGCAGAAUCCUUGCAGAAGCACCACAUCUGCUGGUCAUUUUCAGUUUGUUUCUAAUGCUUUCAAAUUGGGCCAUUAUUACUCAAAAUGAGGAAAAUGAUUGCCUUGAUUACUAAACAUGGUGCUCCUUCCUUUUUUGGCUUUGUACAUUCUCAGUUUAGUUUCCUUGUUGGAAAAAAAUAUAUAUUUUUGGCCACUUUUUUCUUUCAUUCAGACUGUAUUUGUAUUUCUGUUUCAUUAAAUUUAGUAGACUUUCCUUUCUUUUGAAGUAGUUGUACUGUACUUAGUAAAAUGCAAAUAUGCACAAACAUGAUAUGCUGCUUCUUCUAGAUUUGCUGUACAUAGAGGAAUCCUGGCUUGGUCAAACAUGUGUUUUCAAUAUUUGUUUUGAAACAUUCCUAUCAUGUUAAGAUUUACUCACUCUCUUUGUCCCGAGAGAGAGAGAAAUUGCACUGCAUUAUUCUAAUAUCAAGUCAUGUGGUCUUGCACUGAUAAUAGCACACAUACUGUAAAAAUAAAUAAUAAUCACUGAAUGAGAUCUUGCAAACAAAGAACACAUUUGUAUAGGGACUGUCUUAAAUUCUGUGAGUUGUUGUUAACCAGUGUUUGAUUUUAGCUAUCUCAAAACAACACAUUCAGCCUAGAAGGAGAGAUCUUUCAAUAUUAAACCCUUCACCUCGUAUUUUAGAGGAGAUGAUAUUUAAAUAGUUUUGUAUGCUUUCUUAUGAAGUUUUUCGGUGCACUCACUAAAAAAAAGUUUCACAAAUCAAUUCUAACACAUUUUACUAAAUAGAUCCUUCUGUCACUGUGUUUUGAUCGUAUUUGGCCUCUAUCUGUACCCAUAAAGGUCAGUAGCAAAACUCCUGUUGGCUUCAGUGCAACCCCCACUGUACUUAGUUUCAAGCUAUGGUGGCACCUUAAGUGAGGUUGUUCUUAAUUUAGAAAAAUGAAGUUGAUUAACAUUUUACAGCAUGAAUGUGAAUAUUUACAAUGUUUAACUCCAAGUGUGUUUUUGUCUGUAUUAAUUAUUGGAGGUUUCAGUAUGUUUUAUUAUAGUACCAAAGAUUUAUUGAGUUAGUUCUUUUUACUAAAGGGAGCUAUGAAGUAGAAAUGAAUACAUACUCCACUGAGUAUUACUGAAUUGGUGUGUUUGUUUGGAAAUUGUUCAGAUUGCACUGAUUUUCACAUAUUUAGUAUAUUAAGAGGCAACCAUUGGAAUUAAUUACAUUUAUAAAUAAAAAUUCCCUUUGAAUUUUUUUUACAUCAUCAUCUGUAUUUAUGAAUUGUGCAGUUAUAUUAAUUAAACAAAAUUUUUCUAAAAUCAAAUGACUUGCUUCAAUAAUUGCUUUCUAAGAUUAUGUUACUAGAGCUGCUUUCUUAAACUAUGUUUGGAUGAAAAUUUACCUCCAAGAAACUAUACAUCUAAUCCUGAACAUACGUUGAAAUAUUUAUUUUUAAAAAUUCAAAUACAUUUUUUUUUGUUAAAGUAUGAAGAAAGGGCAUGUUUGAUUAAUCUUUAUCAGAACUGCUCUUGUAUAUUUUCAGUAGUAAAUCUGAUUUAAAUUUUUUUUAUUUUGAAAGACUUGUAUUUCUUUAUAUGUUGUAUUAAACUUUGCAUGUAGUUUGAUGAUCUGAAAUAAAAGCAGAGAGACUAUAUGCUCA